AUGCAAAAGGCAGCAGGUCAGCCAUACAACAUGACAACAAAGGGUCACAACUCAGGGAUAAAAAGAAUACAAGUGCAACCUAAUGCAAUAACUGAGAUAAACAUGGGGGAUAGAGCAUGCAUAAGAGACUUGGCAGUGCAGCUUAAAGUCUCUUCAAGUACAGCAAACCGAAUGAUAAAGAAGGGACUUAUUAAACCUCAUACAAAUCCACUACAUCCUGCUUUGAAAGAGGCAAACCUUUUUCAAAGGUUUGAAUGGGUUCUAAACUUGUUGAUGGGAGACACACCAACAACAAAGAGGCAGUAUUAUCCCAUUUACAACUUUGUACAUAUUGAUGAAAAGUGGUUUUAUCUAAGCAAAAAAUCACAUAGGGUUUACCUGGAAAGAAAUGUAAAGGGCAAGUACAGGGCAGCCAAGUCAAGCAAGUUUAUACCCAAAGUUAUGUUCACAGCAGCUGUAGCAAGACCAAGAUUCAAUGCAGAUAAAGAAUGUACCUUUGAUGGGAAGAUAGGCAUCUUCCCAUUCACUUACCAAGAACCAGCAGAAAAAGCUUCCAAAUACAGAGCAAAGGGGACAAUUAUGACAAAGAUAGUUGAAUCUGAUAAUGCGAGGACACAUAUAGGUCAAGAUGACCCAGAGUGGCAACAAGCUCAUCAACAAGGGCACUUCACAUUCAUUCUAGUGCAACAACCACCAAACAGUCCAGAUUUAAAUAUCUUGGACUUGGGUUUUUUUAGAAGCAUACAGUUUUUAAUGCACAAAAAAGUGCCAAAGGAUGUUGAUGAUAUGUUGGAGGCAGUGCAUCAUGCAUAUAAUGAAUUAGAGCCAACAACACUGGGAAAUGUAUGGUUAUCUUAUAAAUAUGUCAUGAAUGAAGUUCUAAAAGUGAAAGGUUCGAAUGAUUACCUUGUGCCUCAUGUUAAUAAGAAAAAAUUGGCAGCUGAGGGGAAGCUACCAAUUCAAGUCACUGCACCAAUGUGGGUUGUCCACGAGGCAUGA